UGGUGCAGGGCAAACAGGUGCCUGCCGCAUUCGAAUGUAAAAAUCUUCAUUGGUCGUUUCACUCAGUUCUCUCUGUUCACCAAAUGCUAUCGUACCUAUCGUGAAAGCUGCAGUGGACUUCUACUGGGUUGUGGCAAUGUCUUCCCAUACGAACAGGAUACCAGAUUCAGGAUAGAAGACGAAUACUUGAGGAAUAUGUUCUCUCGUCUAUGCGAUGCUCUCUUCGACGAGGUGAUUUUUCCAAUGGCUAAUCUCUGUCUUAGUGAAGGCACAUAUGUUCUCAUGAAGGCCUGCGUUUUUCUUUUCGAAGGUAAUUUUUUCUUGAGCGAGCCGAACGUUAAAAUUGAAUUUUUAACUGACAAAACUAUUGCAAAUAGGGUAAUAGUCAUAUAA